GGGUCUUCCCGGUAAAACAGAGGGGGGCAGUUCCAGCAAUCAGCAACCCCCUCACCCCUUCUUCCCUGUCCCUCUCUUACCUCGUCGCUUCAAAAAAGUCUCGUCUUUUGACUAACUCUCUUUCUUCUCUUCUUCCUUCCAUUUGCUUUAAGCCUUCCUAUCUGUUUUGAUGAUUGGCAUCAGUCUUUAUAAAUCAAUUUGAUGGUUCUCCCGUUUGCAAACACGGGAGGCUAUUCUGCAAAAUCAUGGGGACUUGUCUUUCAACCACCAAAGUCAGUGGCGCAAACAGCAACGCUCCUUCUAACAACAACAGCAUUAGCAGCAAUAGAAACAACAAAAAUAACCAGAAAGAGAGUUCCAAAACCUCUUCAACAUCGGCAACCCAGAAGGAUACAUCGCAGCAUCCACAACAGAAGCCAUAUGAGAGCCAUAAAAAUCGACCACAGCAGCAACAGAAGGAUAAAGGGCAUUCGAGGCGGCCCAGUGGGGUUAUUCCAUAUGGAAAACGGACGGAUUUUGGGUACGCCAAGGAUUUCGAUAAGAAGUAUUCGAUCGGGAAAUUGUUGGGUCAUGGGCAGUUUGGUUACACGUUUGUUGCCACCGAUAAGUCCACCGGGGAACGGGUCGCCGUCAAGAGAAUAGAGAAGAAUAAGAUGAUCCUUCCUAUUGCUGUUGAGGAUGUUAAGCGAGAGGUCAAGAUAUUACAAGCCCUCACAGGCCAUGAGAAUGUGGUUCAAUUUUAUAACGCAUUUGAGGAUGAAUCUUAUGUCUACAUAGUAAUGGAGUUAUGUGAGGGUGGUGAACUGCUGGACAGAAUAUUGGCCAAGAAAGAUAGUCGUUACACUGAGAAAGAUGCGGCAGUUAUUGUACGGCAGAUGCUCAAAGUUUCAGCUCAGUGUCAUUUGCAUGGUUUGGUACACCGUGACAUGAAACCUGAGAAUUUUCUUUUCAAGUCAACCAAAGAGAAUUCAUCGCUGAAGGCCACAGAUUUUGGUCUCUCUGACUUCAUAAAACCAGGGAGAAAAUUCCAAGAUAUUGUUGGCAGUGCCUACUAUGUUGCACCAGAAGUACUAAAGCGCAAGUCAGGGCCUGAGUCAGAUGUUUGGAGUAUUGGUGUGAUUACAUACAUUUUGCUCUGUGGAAGGCGUCCAUUUUGGGAUAAAACUGAGGAUGGAAUAUUCAAGGAGGUCUUAAGGAACAAGCCUGAUUUUCGUCGGAAGCCAUGGCCAAGCAUAAGCAACAGUGCCAAAGACUUUGUAAAGAAGUUACUGGUGAAGGAUCCUCGUGCUAGACUGACUGCUGCUCAAGCCUUAUCACACCCAUGGGUUAGAGAAGGAGGUGAUGCCUCAGAGAUCCCCGUGGACAUAUCUGUGCUGUCCAACAUUCGGCAGUUUGUGAAAUAUAGCCGAUUGAAGCAGUUUGCUCUUAGAGCUUUGGCUAGCACACUUAAUGAAGAGGAGCUGGCUGAUCUCCGGGAUCAGUUUGAUGCAAUUGAUAUGGAUAAAAAUGGUGCUAUUAGUCUUGAAGAAAUGAGACAGGCCCUUGCGAAAGAUCUUCCUUGGAGAAUGAAGGAGCCACGUGUUCUAGAGAUCCUUCAAGCGAUAGACAGCAACACAGAUGGGCUUGUAGAUUUCCCAGAAUUUGUUGCAGCCACUCUUCAUGUGCAUCAAUUGGAGGAACAUGAUUCUGAGAAGUGGCAGCUGCGUUCUAAGGCUGCUUUCGAUAAAUUUGACGUGGAUAGGGACGGAUUUAUCACACCAGAGGAACUAAGGAUGCACACGGGACUGAAGGGCUCCAUUGACCCACUUCUAGAGGAGGCCGACAUUGAUAAAGAUGGGAAGAUAAGCUUGUCAGAGUUCCGUCGACUUCUAAGAACUGCUAGCAUGAGUUCACGCAAUGCACCCAGUCCAUCCGGAGUUCAAAAUUCUCGGAAGAUGUAAGAAGUGAUUGUUUUAAAGACCAACAGCAGGAGAGAAGUAGGAGGGCAUGGUGAGGGUGGUGAUACACCUCUUGUAAUCUAUGUACUAAAAGACCAAAAUCCUAGACAGCCCUACUUCUGGUUCUAGCUCUACGGCGGACUUGAAGACCCGUGGACAAGUGAGCUUUGUUGAUGGAUCCACAUAGGCUUGUGAAGAUGGAUUGACACCAGGAGAAAGCUUGUAUAAUUCAGAGUUGGUAGGACUACACACGAAGAUGGUUUUGGUGAACUUUUGUUUCCAUGGUUACUGUACAUUCUUUUUCAUGAUUGGGAUCCAUUAGUUGUUCCCCUACUAGUGUAAUGUGAGUAAAGUUAUAAAAGCAAAAAUUUGGUGCCUUGGA